CGUUACCCUUCUUUUUGUCGCCGCCUUUCCACUCAAUAGCUGACUCUUAUCCGACAUUGACACAUUGGCCCAUACUCAGUGCCUCGCCUGUACAGCGUCUCAUACGCCGCCCAAAACAUUUACCGACUUGCAGAGGAUUCAGUAUUUGAGGGCAACAACGAGAUCCUCUCUCUUCUCGAUCUCCUUGACCUGCGGAAAACUCAGCUCCAACCAUGCCCGUCAUCGUCGACCUGGACGCCGAAGCGGCCCUAAAGCCCCGCAUCCUCGUCGUCUCUCUCGAAUAUCAGGAGUGCUAUGACGAAUCUGUCAACCGGUUCUUAACCCCCAUGACCGAGCUGGCUACUGUUCAGCGCGUCAAGAAGGCCGCCACCCUCACCCGUCUCCUCACCAACGAGAGUUCUGAGCCGUACUCCGCCAUCGUCCUAACUGACGCCGCGCUCACGCUUCCCGAAAACCUUCCUCUCUGGGAGCACGUCCUCUCUUACCUGCGCCGCACAGGCGCCACCGCUGUACUCACCGGUCAAGUGGCGUGUUUUGUCAUCCCCGAUGACCUCGACGAGUUUUUCCGCGUCUCGGGCCUUCCCGAGUGGAAGGCCGGCAUGUACCAGCGCAACAUCGUCGUGAUGAACGAACAGGCCGACGGCAUCCGCGACGCUACGCACUUUGACAUUGGCGACAAGAAUGGUCUUAAGGCUGCCUACAGCGUCAAGUCGCUGUGCCUGUCGGGUGUGAAGAGCGAGCACAGGUGGUAUGUUCCCGACGCCACUCAGGAGGAUCCAAACCUGAACAUCGCCGCAAGACUUACUAGGAGUCCUGAAGGUUGGGAUCCGGAGCGGGUGCGCCAGCAAGCUGCGGUGGCCUACGGUCCCGUGGGAGAGAAGGGUAGAAUUGGCUGGGUGGGCGAUAUCAACACUGAGGACCCCUCGGUCAAGGUCAUUUUGGCCUUGUGCGGGCUUGAUCCAGCUAAGGCCCAUGUCGAGCCGUUGAAGCCCCGUGGGUUGCGGUUCGACGCUGCACAAGGACGUUUUGUCGAGAUUGAGGACUGAUUAUUCCGCGAGGAAUCAGCCAAACCGGCACGCAGAGAUGUCUAAGGCGGUCCCAGACAUAUGAUACUGGUAUCCAUGUUCAUACGGUCCAACUUGCAGUACCGUAUGUGGCUCGUCAGUAUCAUCUAUCUGGCUUUUGGCAAACCAGAACACUGAUAUGA